AUGUCUGAAGAGAACCCAGAUACGACAGCAGUACCGGUAACAAAUCCAGUAAAGACCCACGUCACAGACCCCAGGAGAGUGGAGUUGGGACGUAGGCUUGCUAAGAUCAGUAAGGAAGCAAAAGCAAGAAAGAAGGCACAACUUGAGGCUAUCAAGGAAGAGGAGCAGAGCAUUUCGGACACAGAGGACAAAGGUAAUGAGUCGAUAGUCACCCUAGAGUGAGUCGGCUUGGUAGUAGGUAUCGCCGUAGGGCUCGGAUCCCUUUACUUCAUGUGGUAUAGUCGUCAGGAAGAGGAUGAGAAGCCUAAGGAAAAUAAGACUGUAGAGGAACCGGAACCCAUUGUUAUUACUCCAAAAGGUCCUGACUUGUUUGACUGA